AUGAGCGCCCCUGUAGCCGAAGGCGAAGCCGGGACAGAGGUCGACGUGGAGGUGGAGGCGUCGGGCGGGGCCAGCCGGGACGUUGGCAGCGGCGCCGUCCCGCGUCCCAAGCUGGCCAAUUUAAACUCAGAUGACCCCCUGGAGCGCAUCGCCGCCCGCCGCGUUCGCAUCGCCGCCCGCCUGGAGGCGAAACGACGGGAAGCCCUUGGGGAAGAUCCAGAUGCAAAAAAAUUUGUAGAAGAGGAACAGAGCAGGAGUCACAAGCAAAUAGAGGACAGUAGACAGAGAUUGGCCAAACUGUUGCUUGAUGGCACACAGCUAGUAACAAAUAUCCAGGUGGCAGCUGAUUCUCGGGAGGCACACAGGAGAUCAGAGGAAGAAGAGCUGACUCGGCAAAGGGUUGAGAAACUGGAAAAUGAAGCCAAGGCCAACUUAGACAAGUUUGAUGAGAUCACCGCCAAGUGGGCCAAGGCCAAACAGAAGACCAUCCCCCAGGAUCUCUGGGAGGCUCUUAAUCUACAGCAGCAGCACUGUGCAUUGCUGAUUGAAGAGAAGAACAAGGUCAUUAGUGAGUUACAACAGGAAUUGAAGAGUAAAGAUGAUCAGUAUGUGAAGGAUCUUAGGAAACAGAAUGAAGACAUUAAUUUGCUGCUGGAGCGAAUGGAAGAACAGAUCCGAAAUCUCGUUAAAAAUUACCGUCGAGAACUUUUGCAUAUAGAGAAAGCCUUUGAACUGGAACGUCGUGAACUUCUCGCAAACAACAAAAAGAAAUGGGAGCAAGCCAUACAAACUCUCAACCGACAAGAGUUGGAUUUUAUGAUGGCUCGCUUGAAGAAGGUGGAGGAAUAUGAACAGGAGCUGAACCAACUACGGGUGCAAGAUGCUGAGGAGUACAAUGUUAUAAAGAUCAAAUUGGAGCAUGAUGUGCAGAUCCUGGAGCAGCAGCUCCAGCAAAUGAAAGCCAUCUACCAACUAAAUCAAGAGAAGCUGGAAUAUAAUUUCCAAGUGCUGAAGAAGAGAGAUGAUGAGAACACCAUAAUCAAAUCCCAGCAGAAGCGGAAGCUCAAUAGGCUGCAUGAUGUGCUCAAUAACCAGCGCCUCAAAUUAGCCAAGCAGGUCAAGCAGUAUCGGGAAGAGAACAUGACACUGACAGCGGACUAUAAGCGGAUUGUAGAGCAGUACAAGGACCUGCAGAGAACAAUGAGACAUUUUGCCAUUGUGGAUGCUGAACAUUUCCUGGAUGUGUGGCUGAUGAAUGAAGAAGAGGCCAAGGCGCUGAUUCGCAAAGCCUUUGAUGCUGACCGUGUCAUCCAUACUCAGCAGUUGGGGUUACCCUGGACUGAACCUGAUGGCUGGUUCCUGCACAAUGUGGGACCUAUCAUGCAUAUGAAGCAGUUGAAAUCAGCCAAUGAGCUGGCCCGUGAGGUGAUCACACCUGAUAAAGAGGAGUAUAAAGAGGGUGUGGAAUCUGAACCAGAAUCAAAGAAACUUUGGUCUAUUUCAAGAAAGACCAUCAAGCAUGUUCUGGAGCUCCUAUGUGAUGAGUCGGGCUUUUUGAUUGAGAGCAAGCUUCGGAGUCUCCUGCAACCUCUAGAGAGGCCUGAUCGCAUUCUCAUGAAGCUGGACUCCAUCUUCACCGCCCUGUCCAUUGACAGUGAAGACGAUGUGUAUCGAAUGGUGGAGUUUUUCAUGAAUUUCAAGGCUCAGAAGAUGGCUGGUUCACAGGACUUGGAAACCGUAGUGGCAGAUACAGUUGUCAAAGUGCUAUCCGGAGAUGCAGAGAUUCUAGGAGAGGAGGACAAGGAGUUUUCUGCAGAACCCCAAGAAGAGGACAAAAGCUCCACAGUUACAACAGUGCCCCUUUCUACAAUUUAUAUGCAUCCUGAUGACAUUUUGAAGGCUCUCAAGGCAUUUGUGCAGGAAUUCCAGACACCAAGGGACCAGUGGCCACAGAUAAAGAAAGCACAUGAAGAACGGGACAACUCUAAAGAUUCAGAAUAUUGGGAUGCAUUGGCUCAUGUUAUCCCAGAUGGAAAACUGAAGCUGUGGGAUGCUCUCAUUGUUGCCUUGCAAAAAUACUAUCAUUUUCUGACUCUGAGGGCAAAGCUGAUUGAGGAAACUGAUGGGCUGACUCAGCAGAAUGAAGAACUUCAGAUACUGUUACAGCAAUAUUUACAAUCCCCAGCAAAUGCUGCGUUGCUUAUUCCACCUACCCACCUACUACAUCUACAGAUGAAUAACCCAUGAAAAUCUUCCGUGCAAGAGGUGUGGGUUGGUUAUUUCCCC